AUGGACGAGUCGCCUAUAAGCAAUACGAUAUUGUUGUAUGAGAAAGCAUUGAAUCUGUUUAAUCUAUCGUCCACUUUUAGCAGACAUAGCGAUACUCCUAUACCGUUGCAUAUGUUACGAAAACUUAAAAAUAUAAGAAGUAAACAAUACUUUGUUAACACGUUGACAAAGAAUGCUCUUCUCCAUGACAAUGCGCCUGUUGUGUUUUUCAAUCGAGAUUGUCACACUCUUACUGAAAGAGAAGCGUAUGUUAGGGAGUUAAAGAAAUACAUUCAGAUAGAUUCUUAUGGUGAUUGUCUUCACAAUAAGGAUUUCCCUUUUGAAUUAGACGAGAAAAACGACGAUAUGUAUGGACGUAAGUUGCUAAGAUAUCUUGCAAGAUACAAGUUCAUCAUAGCUAUAGAGAACGCAGUUUGCAUUGAUUAUGUGACGGAGAAGUUCUGGCGCGCGAUAGAGAUAGGCGUGGUGCCGAUUUAUUAUGGGUCACCGUCGAUCAGGGAUUGGCUACCGAAUAACAAGUCGGCCAUAUUGCUGGAGGACUUCCCAACGCCGAAAUUGCUCAGCCAACAUCUACACUACCUUUUGCAGAACGAUACCGCUUAUGAAGAAUACCUUGAGCACAAAACGUUAGGGCUCAUCUCAAACCAGAACAUUGUCAAUGAAAUAAAGGCUAGACCUUAUCAAAUUCGGGUUGAAAGAGAAGAAGAGUUUUUGUGUUUAGUCUGUAGAAGGAUUCAUGACACCAACGACACCCAAGUAAAUAUAGUGACGAAAGACCAUUAUAAUUGUCAGACUCCUGGUCCUACUGCAUUAUCGCUAUCUGCAAAUCCUUCCAGUAUGUGGGAUGAAAUAAGAAAAAGAGCUGAAUUAAAGGUAGAUUCGAUAUAUAAAGAGAUGGAACAAUCGUAUAGUCAUUUAAGAAAAUCGAAUACUAAUUGGGAUACGCAGGAGAUUUUUCCAUUCUAUCUUAAACUCGCCAACGUACCGAUGUCUUGA